AUGAACAAAUUGAAACGACCUUUACCGGAUUCGCCCACGAAAGUACCGUUCUCUGGUGCCGUACAGGUCGUUGGUACCAGUGUUUCGACCAAAUAUUCGCUUGACCACGGCGGGACAAUACCAGCACCUCAAGGCGAUGUAACGCCCCGAAAUCGCGUCGAGCAGUACUGGGCUGCUCGGGCUCUGACUGCAGAGACUUUACUGUCAGCACGAACAGAGCAUCAUCGGGAACUGCGGACACUUUCGUUCGGUGAAGAACUGAAGCGUUCACGAGAACGUAAUGCCCUCAUGAAGGCAAACGAGGAUAAAAUCGCGAGAAUGGAGAAACUGACGUGGGCCCUACUUGGUGUCAUAAUAUUUCUCGCAAUCUUAAUCGUCUGCAUGUCUCAUGUGAACCAGCGUCGUGCACAACGUCCACAACGUUGGUUCCUACCCUCUCAUUUCACAAUACCUAUACUUUCGCCCUUCACGUCUGUGGUUGAGAAAGAGGUGUCUGUCAUUGGGUCGAAGACCAUCGUUUUUGCCAUCGCAAUCAUCGCCUGCCUUGUAUAUUUUGUAUAUCGACACUGGCUCGUCUCGCGUCUUCACAAAGAAUGA